AUGUACUCUGACAAUGGAACCAAUUUUGUAGGAGCCCAAAGAGAGAUUCACCACAUCUUGGACAGUGAAAAAUUCCAAACCUCAAUUGCUCAAGAGGGUAUAAAGUGGCACUUUCAGCCUCCAAGUGCACCAAACUUUGGCGGUUUAUGGGAAUCUUCAGUGAAACUAGUGAAAGCUCACCUGAAAAGAGUUAUUGGUCAAUCAUGCUUAACAAUAAUAGAGUUCAUUACUCAAAUAGAGGCCUGUGUGAAUUCCGGGCCUAUUACUCCAAUGUCUGAAGAGCCAUCAGACCUUGUUGCUCUGACUCCAGCACACUUUCUGAUUGGCAGUGUUCUUACCGACCUUCCAGAACCCAAUCUUCUAGAUAUAUCACAAAAUCAGCUCAAUCAGUGGCAACAUGUGCAGCAAAUGAAACAGCACUUCUGGGCACACUGGCCAAAGGACUACCUUUCCUACCUGCAGCAGUGCUACAAGUGGCAGUCCAACUCCUCUGCUAUUCAACCAGGCAGUAUGGUGGUUGUCAAGGAAGGCAACCUUCCACCCUUCAAAUGGCCACUUGCAAGAGUGACUGCAAUUCAUCCUGGACGUGACAAUUGUGUUAGAGUAGCUACAGUAAAAACCACCAAUGGGGAAUUCAAAAGACCAGUGAACAAAUUGUGUUUAUUACCAUUUCCUAACAAUUGA